GGAACGAGGCUCACGUAUCCUCAUGCUUGCACCCGUUGCAUACCCUCGAUAUGAGAGGAAAUGGUACUCAGGAUCGUUUUCGGAGGUGCUUGAAAGCUGCCGUAACCAACUCUUCCUGAUUGAUCACAUGAAGACAGCGCAGCCCUAGAGGCUGUGAGCCUGUGAACACGUCAUGCUGACUUCGCUGCGGACGCCGUCCACGAUCGCUCUGUUAGAGCUCGUAUAGGAGAACGCACAUCCGUGACGCGAUGGAGGAGCAAUUCGCGUCGUUAUCUGUGGAACCUGCGGCCGCCGGGUCGCCCGAGGGAGAGUCCCCGUCCGCGAGCCAACCGCUAGUUGCGCCUCUCCAGCCUCGCGCGGGCAGGCGACUUCCGACAGAGAUCAUCGCAGCUGCCUGCCCAAUGCGGGUCGACAGAACCGUCCACGCGCUGCUGAACGUACUCACGACGGAGCGCUUCGACCCCGGGCCGGUCUCAGACGAGAUCAUUGCGUGGGCGAACAAGUCAGAGCACGAGGAGGAUGGUCGCUCGCUCAUCCAGGUCAUUCGGCUCGUGUACAAUGCGGCGAUCAGCAAUCCCACUUCGUCAAAGGUGUACGCACUCCUGUGCCGACGGAUGAUGGAGGGGAUCAGCUCUAAGGUUCAGGAUGAUGGCAUCAGGGAUGCGUGGGGCAGGCCUAUAGCGGGCGGGCAGCUCUUCCGCAAAUACCUGCUGAACCGGUGUCAGGAGGACUUCGAGCGCGGUUGGGCCGCCCAUUCUACCGCUGAGAACGACCAAUCGCACGACACAGCUCCACGCACGAACGAGGACUACCCUGCGCGAUGGACAGCAAGGCGGCUGGGGCUUGGUUUGAUCAAGUUCAUGGGCGAGCUAUUCAACGUGCAGGUGCUUACGGAGCGUAUUAUGCACGAGUGUGUGAAGAAAUUCCUAAGGAACAUAGAUAACCCCGAGGAGGAGGAAAUUGAGAGCUUAUGCAUGCUUCUCACCACCGCCGGCGCGCUGCUUGACAUACCGAAGGCCCGUCUCCACAUGGAUGUCUACUUCGAGCGAAUUCGAGGGCUGACGAGAAACCCGAACGUCAGCCCCCGCAUGCAAGCAAUGCUCCAGAAUGUCAUUGAACUGCGUGAACGGGAGUGGGCUCCUGUUGACCAGGAUGUCACGCCUCACUCAGUCGCGCUGCAGAUGCCAGUGGCCGGUCUUUUGGUGGCCACACUAGUUCGCGCGCGGUGGGUGACCUUGACUCACUUCAACAAGCCAAAUAGACUACUGACAUUUGGGCCGUAGGGU